AUGAGAUUGGUUCUUCCUAACCCGGGACUGGAUGACCGAAUCCCCUCCUAUGAGCGCCUGGAGGAGCUGGAGAAGGAGGAGGCCGAUGGCAGACCCAAGUGGGACAACAAAGCCCAGUACAUCCUCACCUGUGUGGGCUUCUGCAUCGGGCUUGGCAACGUGUGGCGCUUCCCUUACUUGUGUCAGAGUCAUGGAGGAGGUGCUUUUAUGAUCCCAUACCUUAUCCUGCUGGUCCUGGAAGGAACUCCUCUCCUCCUGUUGGAAUUUGCCAUUGGCCAGCGCCUCAGGACAGGCAGUGUAGGAGUGUGGCGGGCCAUCAGCCCGUACCUGACUGGUGUUGGCAUAGCCUCCUUGCUGGUAUCCUUCCUGAUCGGACUGUACUACAAUGCCAUCAUUGCCUGGGUCAUGUGGUAUCUCUUCAACUCGUUCCAAGACCCACUGCCUUGGACCCAGUGUCCACUCAAUGAGAAUAAGACAGGCUAUGUGGCAGAGUGCGAGCUGAGCACCACUGUGGAUUACUUUUUCUACCGAGUUACUCUGAACAGCUCUACCAGUAUAUCUGACUCUGGUGGAAUCCACUGGCCAGUGGUGCUUUGUCUGUUAACUGCCUGGUCAGUCCUGUGUGUCUGCUGCAUCAGGGGGAUAAACACUUCUGGAAAGGCAGUGUACAUCACAUCUACCCUGCCUUACAUAGUGCUGACAAUCUUCCUGAUCAGGGGGCUGACUCUUAAAGGCGCCUUUAGUGGAAUCCAGUUUCUCUUCACACCUGAUGUGGAUGAGUUGAAGAACCCAACAACUUGGCUGAAUGCGGGUGCCCAGGUUUUCUACGCCUUUGGUUUGGCGUGGGGAGGACUCAUCUCUUUCUCAAGCUACAACCCUGUCCACAACAAUUGCAAGCAAGACGCCUUGAUUCUGUCUGUGGUUACGGGCUUCACCUCAAUAUAUGCUGCCAUGGUCAUCUACUCCGUCAUUGGGUUCAGGGCCACAGAGAAAUUUGACAGCUGUAUCAGUGGAAACAUCAUGACAUUAAUAAAUGCAUUUGGUCUUGCUGAAGACAACAUCACUACAAGCAAUUAUGAGUCAAGCUUGAACCAUCUCAACAGCUCCUACCCAGAAAUUGUUUUUGGAUUGAAUAUCAAACACUGUGACAUGCAUACACUUCUCAGUCAGGGUGUGGAGGGGACAGGCUUGGCUUUUAUUGUCUUUACAGAAGCCAUCAUGAAGAUGCCUAUUUCUCCCGUCUGGGCCAUUCUCUUUUUCAUCAUGCUUCUCUGCCUGGGGCUUUCAACCAUGUUUGGCACCAUCGAAGGAGUUGUUGUUCCCUUAAGAGACCUGAAUAUUUUUCCUAGAAAAUGGCCCCAAGAAGUCUUGACUGGUACAACAUGCAUUGUUGCCUUCAUCAUCACCCUCCUGUUUGCACAGCAGUCAGGGAAUUACUGGCUGACUCUGUUUGACAACUAUGCUGGCUCUGUUCCACUUUUAACUAUUGGCUUUACUGAGAUGAUAGCUGUUGUUUACAUCUAUGGCAUAGACAGGUUCAAUAAAGACUUGGAGUUCAUGAUAGGACAUAAGCCCUCUAUCUACUGGCAGGCUACAUGGAGAUUCAUCAGUCCUUUAAUCAUCCUGGUUAUCCUAGUCUUCUACCUGGUUACCCAGUUCCAAGAGGAGCUCACCUACUUAGUCUGGGAUCCCAGCUCUGAGACCUUCCCGUCUUUGGCAGUAGUACCAUACCCCUCAUGGAUCAGCGCGGUCAUCUUUAUUUUGGCAGGGAUCCCCACUCUGGCAAUGCCUGUGUAUGCAUUAUGUAGGCUGGUCUUUGUUCGCUGUUUAUCCAGAGGCAAAACAAGCCAAAUUAUGUAA